AAGAGAAGAGUAGCAACCAACUUCUCCAGCCAUGAGCAGCCUCGGAUAUGACCCCUACUUCACCUCCUCUUUGUAUAAGCGCUGGUAUGCUGAGCCUCCUCCUCGUGUUGUGGGGACCACCAGAGGGAGAACCCACUCCACCUACUCCUCCCAUGCAGCACCGCUGUCCUCCUCCCGCCUGCAGUACUCCUCUCCGAGCCGGGCGCCGUUCUCCUCAUCCUCGCCAGCUGCUUCCCUGGAGCUGGAGCUCAGCCAGGCAGCCCAGAUCAGCUCGGAGUUCCGCACCGUGCGCACGCAGGAGCGCAGCCAGCUGCAGGACCUCAACGACCGCUUUGCUGGCUUCAUCGAGAGGGUGCGUGAACUGGAGCAGCAGAACCGGGCUCUGGAGUCAGAGCUGCUGCUGCUGAGGCAAAGGCACUCGGAGCCAUCCCGCCUCAGAGCUCUGUACGAGCAGGAGGCCCGGUCCCUGAGGGCCGCCAUCGAUGAGGCCAGGGCAGAACAGCAGGCUGUCCUGGGACAGAGAGAGAGGCUGGAGCAGACCUUCACCUCACUGCAGGGUCGAUAUGAGGAGGAAAUGCUGGCCCGAGAGGAGGCCGAGGGCAGGCUGAUGGAGAUCCGUCGCGAGGCGGACGAGGCUGCUUUAGGAAAGGCCGAGCUAGAGAAAAGCGUUGAAACUCUGCUGGAGGAGCUGGCCUUCCUCAAGAGGAUUCACGAGGGCGAGGUGGCUGAGCUCCAGGCUCAGAUCCAGCUGGGUGUCCAGGUGGCCGUGGAGUCUGAGGCCGCUGCUCCCGACCUCUCUGGGGCUCUGAGAGAAAUCCGGUCCCAGUACGAAAGGCUGGCAGCCAGGAACAUGCAGACGGCUGAAGACUGGUUCAGAAGCAAGGUGGGCACGCUAACAGAAACCGUGGCCCAUCACACCAACGCCGUGAAAAGCUCCAAAGACGAGGCCGGAGAGUAUCGACGCCAGCUGCAGGCCCGCCUGCUGGAGAUCGAUGCCUGUAAAAAUUUGAACGACUCCCUGGAGAAACAGCUGCAUGGGCUGGAGGAGAAGCAGAGCGCAGAGAUAGCUGCCAUGCACGACACCAUCGCAGAAUUGGAGAGCGAGCUGAGGGGCACCAAACAGGAAAUGGCGCGCUACCUGAAGGAGUACCAGGACCUUCUGAAUGUCAAGAUGGCUCUGGAUAUCGAGAUUGCUGCAUACAGGAAGCUCCUGGAAGGGGAGGAGUCUCGCUUCAGUGUGGGCGUGGCCGGGGUCGUAUCCUCCAUGUACACUCCCAGUUUGAUGAUGCCCUCCUUCGCCCGGCCCGUCCUCUCCAGCCUGAGCUCUGGUACAUCCUACCUGAUGACCCCCCGCCUGCUCAGCUCCAGCAUCAGCACCACAGAGGGGAUCAUCUCUGCCAGCCGCGCCCAGCAAGCAGAGGCCAGCCCACCUGCUGAAGAGGAGGAGGAGGUAAAGGAGGAGGAGGGGGAGAAGGAAGUGGAGGCAGAAGAAGAAACUGAGGAGAAAAGGGAUGCUGACGAGGAAGAUGGAGGAAAGGAAGAGGGAGGUGAAGAAAAAGAUGAGGAGGAGGAAUCAAAGGAGGAACACGAGGAGACUAAAGAAGAAGAACAGGGCAAUGAUGAAGAGGAGCAAAAAGAUGAGGUUGAAGAGGAUGCAGAAGAGAAAGGAGAGAAAGAUGAUGAAGAAGAAGCCGUGGCUAAAGGAGAAGCAGAUGAGGAGGAUAAAACAGAGGGAGCUGAGGACAAAGAGGAGCCUAAAGAGGAGAAGGAAGAGUCUAAACAGAGCGAAAAGAAAGAGGAGAAACCUGACCCUAAGAAGGGCGACAAAGAACCUGCUCCGAAAACAGAGGACUCCAAAAAAGAGAAAGUUGAAGAUAAAACAGCCAAACCAAAGCUCGCUGAAGGAAAGAGCACAACGGAUAAAAAGUAAGCAAUAAGUAAUGGGUUGUGAUGCAAACCGUUGCCAGAUGACCAAACAGCUCGGUAACAUGGCGCUCAGCAGAACAAUCCAACAACAAGUUAACCGCUUGCCGUACGAAGAAUAUUCCAUAAAGUUCUGAUCGCACAAA